AUGGAUUAUGGGGGAGAAGAAGCAAGAUACUUGCAAUGGGUAUUAUUACUGCUUGCUCUGCUUCUUCAUUCUGUUCUUCUAGAAUGUUGUAUAGAAGAAGAGCGCCUUGCUUUACUCGAAAUACAAACCUAUAUGAAAUCGUUUGAUAAUGGCAUUGGAAAUGAACAACAAUGGUCGUUCGAUAGUGGAGGGAGAAAGGAUUGUUGCAAAUGGUCUGAGGUUAACUGCAAUAUCACCACUGGACGGGUUACUGAACUGAACCUCGGCUCGAAGGUUCAACAAAGAUUUCAACUUUGUGGCCUGUUUGGAAACAAGAAUUUCAUUUCAAAUGAUGGAAUUGGGCUAAAUGAUCUGUUUGGGAAACUAAACCUUGACCUUUCCAAUAAUAACCUAUAUGCGGAUCUCCCUUCUAAGUUUCUUGAAAACAACUACAACCUUAUUACUUUGUCCUUGGCAAACAACUCUUUUACAGGAGGCCUUCACUUACCUCAAUCCACGAUUUUUUCACUAAAUAUUUUUGAUAUCUCCAACAGCAAUUUUAGUGAUACGCUGCCUGAAAUUAUAGGCAAGGUGUACCCCAAUAUCAACCAUUUAAACUUUUCAGGAAACAACUUUGAAGGACAUAUUCCAAGUUCAAUAGUCAAAAUGCGAGGAAUAAGAAACAUGGAUUUAUCAAACAAUAACUUCUCAGGGAAAUUACCAAGAAGAAUGUUUAGUGAUUAUAAGUUCUUGGAGAUACUGGAUCUAUCAAACAACAAUUUAGAAGGGGAUAUAAUACCGGAGAACAUGAACCUUCCGAACUUGAAUUGGUUGAAGGCAAGCAAUAAUCGUUUUGGGGGGAUAAUCAGUACUUCCCUCCAAAUAAGUUCUCAAUUACAGUACUUGGAUAUAUCCAACAACAAUGUAAAUGGUCAACUUCCUUGGUGGAUUGGCAACUUUUCUUCUUUGGUGACGCUGUCAGUAUCACAAAUUAAACAAUUUGAAAGGCCAAAUUCCAAAGGAAAUUUGCAGAAUUGUAACAAUCUAACAGGGGAGAUACCAAGCUCUCUAUCAAAUUGUUCACAGUUAAAGAUCCUUGAUUUGAGGGACAACCAACUUUCAGGUGGCAUUCCUUUGUGGAUUGAUAAGCUUUCGAGCCUCACAAUAUUGUUGUUAGCAGGAAAUAAUCUAUAUGGUUCAAUCCCUCAACAACUUUGUCAGCUAAGAACCAAUUAUCUCUCCUACAUGGAUAAAAAUCUAGUUCUUAUGUCAGGGUUGGAUUUAUCAUGCAACAAGCUCACUGGGGAUAUUCCACCACAACUGGGUGAUUUAACGCAAAUCCAAUCGUUGAAUUUGUCGAACAACUUCUUAUCAGGAGCAAUUCCAAGUCGGUUUUCCAAAUUACAGCAAAUCGAAAGCUUAGACCUCUCCCACAACAACAUGAGUGGCACUAUACCUUUUCAGCUCGUGGAGCUUAACUUCUUAGAGAUAUUUAAUGUGUCGUACAAUAACUUAUCUGGCAGAGUGCCUGAGACAGGACAAUUUGCAAGCUUUGACGAGUUUAACUAUUUGAGUAAUCCAAGACUUUACGGGUAUUAUCAAGUGAAUGGAUUACAUAAUCCAAUUAGAGUAUUACCCCCUGGAAUUGCUACUGUUACUCAAGAAGGUGGAGAUCGUGCAGGAAUCGAGAUGGGAGAUUUUGUAGUGAGUUUUAGCAUAUCAACCCACGAUGGCGUAGAUCAAUGUUUGAGUAUGUUGAUUAUCAUAUUCUCAUGUGGUUUCCGUGGCCAUUGA